UCAUGCUGCUGCCAAGUCCAGAGUCUCUCAUGGGUCCCUGUACGGCCUCCCAUUGCUGCUGUCUCCAUCGCCACACUCUGCCAUGUGCCACUUUCAGGUCUCCUCACACACUGCUGGUGUGUUCCAUUUUUUGACAUAGGGUGCUGGCAGAUUACGGGCCUCCCAUAGCUGCUGCCAGGCCCCUAAUCUGCCAUGGGCCCCCUAUACCGCCUCCUCAUGCUGCUGCCAGGUCCAGAGUCUCUCAUGGGUCCCUGUACGGCCUCCCAUUGCUGCUGUCUCCAUCGCCACACUCUGCCAUGUGCCACUUUCAGGUCUCCUCACACACUGCUGGUGUGUUAAAUUUUUUGAC